AUGAAUUCAUGUUCGUUUGAGAUGAAGGUAUCUGGGGCCAGCGGAAUCGGCUGUGGCCUCCUCGGCCUGGAGCCGCGCCCGCUCCCGCUGGUGGACGGAUGCUAUGUGGGCAUCUACGGCCGGGCUCUGAGCCAUAGGUCGGACGGACUGACCCUGGUAGACAUCGUCAUAGAGGCCAUUGGCCUGACGGGAGGAGGCGCGCUGCUGCUGGAGAUGCUCCUGGGACAAGUGGCGGCGGAUGAGGUCCCAGCUAACCGUGCGGUAAGGGCACCGAUGGCAUGCAUACCCAGCGAGGAGCUGCAAACGAGUAUCGGCCGGGGAGCCGUCCGGUCUAGGAGAAGCACCUGCCGGUUCCUAGAAACGAACUUGGUGGUCUCGCAGACGGGUGGUGAGGCCUUUGCGGAGAGGCAACGGCACGCGGUGCUUACUGUGAAGGUGCUAGGUUACCUGCGAACCUCGUGGACGUAUUGCACAGCGGCAUCGCUGGCAAAGGAUGAGAUUCUGUGA